AAUACUAGUCGUUGUAAGGGAGAGUAGGCCUAUUCAACUGCUCCUAUCCAAGAAAGGGCGGCGGCAACCUGAAUCGACACAACAAGCGUCACCAACGUCGUAUUGGCACAUUAAUAAAGUGCAGUAAUGAUGAAGCUCAGCUCUCCUCUGGCCGUGCUGUGCCUUUCUCUCUUGCUGCUCCAUGCCCACCUCUCCCUGGCCAAGAGAGGGGGGGGAGGAGGCUUUAGUAGUAAAUCCAGCACAGGCUUUGGGAAGAAAUCUACCUCCAACCGUGGAGGCACCAACACCCAACGUAGACCCAACCAAGGGACCAACAACCAGCCAGGGAACUACCCUCGCCAGCCACAGAGCCCACAGAACCCCCAAGGAGGGUACCCACAGCAACCAGGAGGUUAUCCACAGCAACCAGGGGGGUACCCUCAACAGCCAGGCAGGGCAGGAUACCCUAACCAAGGGGGGUACCCUAACCAAGGGGGCUACCCUGCUGGAGGAUAUCCAAACAGAUACCCAGCUGGUGGAGGCUAUGGUGGAGGCUAUGGUGGAGGCUAUGGUGGCGGUUACGGAGGGGGCUACGUGAACCAAAACCCCAACAACCGGAUCCUUAGCCCUGGCUACGGGGGUAGUUACGGGUACGGGGGGUAUGGUGGUGCGGGUGGCUCCCCGUUCUCCCGCUCGGUGCAGGGGAUGGGGAUGGGACCCUCGCAACAGUCCAGGGGGUUUGGGCGUAAUGCAGCGAUGGCGGCCGGGGCUGGGGUUGUGGCUGGGAUGGCUCUGGGCUAUGGAUUGGGCCGGUUUCCCCGGCCUCACUUUGGCUUUCACAACCCCCAGGAGGAGUACUACUAUAACCACUACAUGUACAGGAGGUACGGCACUAAAUCCACUGAUGAUAAUGACUACAGCAGGGACUACCGCUUCAGCCCGCCUCCACAGUCCUAUGAUAACUACAUGAAGAACUGUAUGAAGAGGACUGACCUGCUGAGAGGUGGGGAGAAGGGUGGAUCGGAGAAAGACACCGGGGAGAACUCACCCCCACAGGGAGCUCCAGACAGCCCCAGCACUCAGGUAAUCGAGCCCAAUGGAGGAGGCACUGCAGGCGGGGAGAAGAGUGAAGAGCCAGCCCCUGUUCCUGGAGGUUCCACCAAUACUACCGACCCCGGUUCCACCCCAGCACUAGGCAGUGGCCCCAGUAACAUCUUCGCCACAGUGGGCAGUCCCAGUGAGAGUAAUGUCACAGCUGAGAGUAACAGUACAGCUGCGACUGAGAAGCCUGUGACCCCUGAAGCCCUGAACCCUAACCCGCAAACCCCCCCUGCAGCCAAGCCCCUUCCCCCGGUCAUAGCUGAGCCUGAGGAUGAUGAUGAUGAUGAUGAUGAGGAAAAUAUAGUGAGCAUCUCUGAGAUUGGCUACCCAGCGCUGAUUGAGCAGAUGAAGGCUCGGAGAUGUGUGGAGCUUUACAUGGUGUACGCCGAACACUACCUGGAGAAAAAGAAGCAGGAGGACGAGAAGAACACGCCCCGGGGAAGACCCAGAGGAGGAGUGGAGAGACUGGGAGGAGGAGGAUAUCAAGGACUGCUAACUGUACUCACCUCUACUGCACUACUGCUGCUGAACAGCAACUUGCUACUACUGCACUGAGAUAGAGAGAGAGAGAGAAACAGAGAGAGAGAAAUAGAGGGCAGAAGAAGAGAAAGAGAGAGAUGGAGGGAUAGAAGGAGAAAGGACACAAUGUUUGCUGCCACUGUGUGAGUCAGAGUCAAGAAUGGGGCUGAUGGAGGGAUGCUGGGACUUCUCCUUUCAUCCUCCUUUGAACCACGCCUCAGGACUCUUUCCAUAAUAAGUGGACUUUUUUGAUUGAUACAUUCGAUGGAUUUUUGUUCUGUUUUUGUAUUGUUGUUUCUCAUGCACUGUUACUUGCAUUAUAUACAUCUGUAAUCAUGCACCUGUGUGUUACUAAAAUGCUGACAAAAAUCCAACCCUGCUGUCCCCAAAGCAUUGAAUUUGCUCAUGGUGUAGCGAAGUACUACAGCCUCAUGCAUGCAGCAUGACUAUUAUAUACAGCAUAUUUCAUAAAUAAGAUAAAUAUCGAUUAAGGUUAAGCAUGGACUGGCCCGAUCUGAAAGCCACCCCAAUACAAGCCAUCACUGCCUAUUUCCCAGCACCAACAGGGAUUCCAGGAGGAGAACUUAGAUGCUGUAUUUUAUGUCAGACAGAUGGAAGGGAAACGUCCCAUUUACUCCAUUUACAUCACAUUAACUGCUUUUGUAGGCCGAGAAGGCAACAUGUUUCUACGCAGGCUGGAAAGACUAGAUGGUGUGUGUGUUUGAUAGCCUUUUACAGUGUGUAUGUGCGUAUGUAAAUAGAUAGGACUGUUGUGUAAAUAUUGAUUGAGGUAAGAUUAAUCUUGUGACUAUGAUAACACCACAUAACAUCCAUAUUAACAUUAGCUGGGGAAGGGGAAUUGUUGAAUAUGACAGUCAAGUAUGCAUGACAAUAAAUGUGAGCUUAUAUUAUUGA